AUGAGUGAUAUUUAUCCAAGAUCUCUAAACAUAUCUUUAGAAGAUUUUAAUAUUUCAUUGACUUUGUUAAAUAAGCAAUAAUAGGAAGAAUUGGUGAAGAAUUGGAUUCAAAAGGUUAAAGACCCUGAAGCUUUUAAAUAAUUAAUACCAUUCUUCUUUAAUAUUAUAAAAAGAGGAGAACCAUCAUCUGAAUUCUUAACUAUUAUUAAUGAGUAAAUAAUAAAGGAAGAGGAAUUAAGAACCAAAUAUGGUUGUUUUAAUUAAAAGUCCAUAUUUUAAAUAUUUUAUAAUAAUGCUGAUGAGGAAUUGAAAGUGAUGCUACUAAAACUUAUUAGUAAACAAUAUCCGAUUCCAUUACUAUACAGAACUUCUUACGAUACAAAAGAUGGAGAAUAUGACAAACUAACAUUUAAUUUUAAUACAUUCUAUGUAUUUGAGGAAAACUAUUCUAUUAUUAAUUUAAGUUUGGCCAACUAACAUAAAAGUAUAGGAAAAACAGAAUUAAUUAAUAAAAUAUUUUAUAAACAAUAUAAAUUUGAAAUAUCAGACAACAAUUAUUUGAAUAAGCAAACAAUAGAUAUUAUGUAUGAUUUUGAAUUUAAUGGAUCAAGAAAUUUAUCAGUUGCAGACGCACAUGGUUUUAUCCCUUAUGAAAUUUUAGAUGAUAUCCUACCUCUAUUUAGGAUGUGGAUUAUUUAAUUAGAUACUGAGAGAGAAAUUAAAGAAACAAUAUAAAAUUUAUAAAAGUUGAAAUCUUUUAAAAAUAAAUAAAAUGUUAUUUGUUUUUUAAUUCGAAAUUCAAUAAGGGAUUUAGAUGAGAAAGAAACUGCAGAAUUAUAAUAUCUUAAUAUUUAAUUUAAGCAAAUAAUUGAUUUAUCAGAUAAUGAUCUAAAUAAUUAAAUGAAAUAAGCUGAAAUUGCAUAAGCAUCAUAAUUUUUAUUUGAUUUAAUCAAUAAAAAUAAAUCCUUCACAUUGAAAUAAGAACAAUACAUGAACUAAAUAUUUAACAUGGUAAGUUGUGUUUAAGAUCAAAAAAUUCAAAUUCAAUAAGCUCAAGAUCUAUUUUAAGAUAUUGGAAAAGAAUUGCAAAUCUAAAUGGAGCAUGUGGAUGGCUUCUAUAAUUAGAAUGCUUUUCCAUUAAGAAGUAUUGAAUGGUAAAUCAAAAAAGAGAAAGAUGAAUACUAGAAAGUUUAAAAGAGUCAUUAACACAAAUAAAUUGAAGAAAAACUCGAUUAAAUAAGUUUAAAAAUAAAACAAUUGUAAAGUUCAAUUAGUUUAUAGAAACCUACAUAAAUUUUAAUUUAUUUUUACCAAACUACUAUAUAUUAUAUCUACAUUUUGUUGAUACAAUUUAGAAAAUUUAAUGAAAAAAGUACCUAAGAACUAUAUAGAGAAAAUUAGAAUCUAAAGGAAGAAUUCUUAAAAUUAAGAAGAGAAUAGAGGAAUUUAUAAUUUCAAACAAAGAAUGGCAAUAAUAAUUAUUCAUAUGAAUAAAUAAAUUAAAAGCAAAAAUAAAUAGAUGAAUAAAUUGCUUAAUUUAAAUAGAAUUGUGAUAUCAUAUCAAAAAGAAAAGUUGGAAUAGAAUUAUUUUGGAGAGAAGUCAUAUCCUAAAGAGAAUAAUGUUAACAAUCGCAUAUUGAUUUUGAUCCUUCUAAAGUUGUUAAGGAAAUGAUCUCUAAAGCAGAACCUUUCGAAUUCUUAAAUGGUGAUUCCUUAAAAAUCGAUUUACCAUUUCUAAGAAAACUAAUAUCAAAUUUUAAGGAGCAAGGAUAAGAACGAAUUUUAAUCUUAAGUGUUUUAGGUCCACAAAGUGUUGGCAAAUCAACAUUAUUAAACAAAAUGUUUGGAUGCCAUUUUUGGACAAGUCUAAACGGAUGCACUAAAGGAAUAUAAUUUUAACUAUUGAAAGUACAUAACAAAGCAUAAUUUAAUAAUUUAUUUGACUACAUUAUUAUAUUGGAUACUGAAGGUCUUUAGAGCCCAAACUAAGAGGAUUCGGAAUUUGAUAUAAAAAUAGCACUUUUUGUAUCAUCAAUAAGCGAUAUUAUUCUUGUAAACGUUAAAGGAGAUAUAACAAUAGGAUUUAGAUAAUUAGUUGAAAUGUUCAUAUAUAAUCUAGGAUAAAUGAAAAGUUUUACAAGUAAAAAAUCAAUUACUUGGUGUUUUAAUUAAAAUAAUCAUGUCAAUGAUCGCGAUCCUUUUUUAGCCUAGUUAUAGUCAAUAGCUACAAAUUUAAAUAACGAAUUAAGCAAUUAAAUUUAGGAGAAUGAAUAAAUAGAUUAUAAUGAAAUUCUUGGAAUUACUGAAGACAAUGUUAAGAUAUUAGGGUUUGCAUCAAAUGAAAAGUUAUGGAAAAAAAAUGAUAGUGAAGGGGUGUAUGCAGAUUGGCGCCAGUUAAUUCUAAAUGGCACGUUCUCUUCAGAAGCUUAUGAAUAAGGAAUUCGAAUAAUUCAAGCAUAUGUAAAUUAGAUUGGAAUAAAUUAAUUGAAAAAUCUAAAUUAAUUCAUAUAAGAUUGUGAAACAAGUUGUUCAAUUUUAACUUGA